AACAAAACAAAACUUUGCAAGACGUGAAAACUUGGCUAGUGUGAGAUGCUAAAUAAUUUGAUCGCUUGAUAACUAAACCAGUGUUUUGGAGUAAUAGUCGUCCAGAACGAUGUCUUCACCUUCAAGGCGAACGCCGCGUGGCAAGUCGAGGAGGCCACAGGGCGAAGAGGAUGAGCCAGUCACACCACGUCGCAGUGCGCGGAAAGCCAAUGUGAAUGGCGCGACGUCACCGUCAUCGGGAGGGGAGAGUCUACCCGCCAUGCCACCGUCACCGACGUCGGCGGAUCAGGAUGGUCCUUUGUUCAGCAGUCCAACGUCAAAGAAUGGCACCAGUGAGAUCGACAUGAGCUCACCAUUGCAGUAUGGAACACCCAGCUCAAGGAUGAGUGCUACACCGAGAGCACAUGCUACACCCAGACGACAGAGACCAGACAUCGAGACCGGCGCCAGUGGCCGGAAACCGAGACAAGUGAACGUCGGCAGCGACGCAGGGGACGGCACCGAGCCGGCGGGGGCGCCGACAAGCGACCACGGAGGCGGUCCGCAGCUGGUCAUCUGGGGCACGGACGUGGUGGUCAGUCAUGCGAAGAACAGGUUCCUGCAGAUGCUGCAGCGCUUCAUCGCGCUGGACGCCCCGCCGGAGGACGGCAUCGAUCUCAACGAGCCGCUCUACAUGCAGCGUCUGGACGAGAUAAACCUUCUGGAGGAGCCGUUCUUGGAUUUCGACUGCGAGCAUCUGCGGCAGUUUGACGCCGACCUGUAUCGGCAACUCAUCUGCUACCCGCAGGAGGUCAUUCCGACAUUCGACAUGGCCGUCAACGAGCUGUUUUUUGAUCGCUAUCCAAACACGACGUUGGAGCACCAGAUCCAGGUCCGGCCGUUCAACACCAUCAAGACACGCAGCAUGCGUCUGCUGAAUCCAGAAGACAUCGACCAGUUGAUCACCAUCUGUGGCAUGGUGAUCCGCAGCUCUAACAUCAUGCCGGAGAUGCGCGAGGCGUUCUUCUCCUGCUACGUCUGCUCGAAUGCCGUCACCGUCGAGAUCGACCGGGGGCGCAUCGCCGAGCCGACGCUCUGCGCCAACUGCAACACGAGCCGAUCGUUCUCGCUCGUGCACAAUCGCUCGCACUUCAGCGACAAGCAGCUGAUAAAGCUUCAAGAAUCACCCGACGAUAUGCCACCUGGACAGACACCACAUACCGUCCUGGUAUUUGCACACGGAGAUUUGGUUGACAAAACUACACCUGGAGAUAGGGUUACAGUAACAGGGAUAUAUAGGGCUGUGCCCUUAAGAGCUAACCCGAGACAGAGCAAUGUCAAAGCUGUGUACAAGACUUAUAUUGAUGUCCUGCACUUCAAAAAAUCGGAUGGGACGAGACUGCAUGAGGCAAAGGACGCUGGCAAAGGGAGAACGUUUACGAAAGAACGAGUGCAGCAGCUGAAGGAAUUGUCAAGGACUCCUGGCAACUAUGAAAGUCUGGCAGCAGCGUUAGCUCCUAGCAUCUAUGAGAAUGAGGACAUCAAGAAGGGUAUCCUGCUGCAGAUGUUUGGUGGAUUGAGGAAGGACCUAAGCCAGGCUGGCCGAAGCCAAUUCCGGGCCGAGAUUAACAUCCUGCUGUGUGGUGAUCCAGGCACUAGCAAGUCGCAGCUACUGCAGUAUGUCUUUAACCUCGUACCGAGGGCCCAGUACACGUCUGGCAAGGGAUCCAGUGCUGUAGGCUUGACAGCCUACGUGACCAAGGAUCCAGAGACCAAGCAGCUCGUAUUGCAGACUGGGGCGCUAGUGCUCGCUGACAAUGGCGUAUGCUGCAUCGAUGAAUUUGACAAGAUGAGUGACAGCGCUCGUUCCAUUCUCCAUGAGGUCAUGGAGCAGCAGACGCUUUCUAUUGCAAAGGCUGGCAUCAUCUGCCAGCUGAAUGCACGAACAGCCGUGCUGGCAGCUGCCAACCCUAUCGAGUCGCAGUGGAAUAAGAACAAGACGAUUGUUGAGAACAUUCAAUUACCUCACACGCUUCUCUCUAGAUUUGAUCUGAUAUUCCUGUUGAUGGAUCCCCAAGAUGAGGUGUAUGAUCGGCGCCUUGCACACCACCUGGUAGCACUUUACUACAGGUCCAGCGAGCAGGCGGAGCAGGAGAGCUUGGAUAUGGAUAUUCUCAGGGAUUACAUUGCCUACGCAAAAACGUGGGUGCUCCCCAAGUUGAGCGAGGUUGCAGGCCAAGCUCUCAUCGAGGCCUAUGUGGAGAUGAGGAAGAUCGGUAGUGGUCGCGGCCAGAUCUCUGCGUAUCCACGGCAACUGGAGUCAUUGAUUCGUCUGUCAGAGGCUCACGCUAGGAUGCGGCUGUCCGACGUCGUGGAGAUAGAGGAUGUCAACGAAGCUAGGCGAUUGCACAGAGAGGCGAUGAAACAGUCGGCGACGGACCCGGCGACGGGGAAAAUCGACAUCUCGAUCCUGACGACCGGAAUGAGUAGCGCGGCACGCAAACGUAAAGUGGAGAUCGCGCAGGCUCUCCGACAGCUCGUGCAGAAGAAGGGCAAAGUGGCGACGCUGAACAAGGAGAAGAUAUUCCAGGAACUGCGGGAGGGCUCCGACAUGCCGGUGACAAGGCUUAUGUAUGACGACGGUCUGAGAGAUCUCGAGGAUUCUGACUUCCUAUUGGUGACGGGUGACCUUAUUAGACCGAGAUAUUAAUGAUACCCUCGAUUCACUUAUCCUUUGGCUGCGUGGUACAUAUAAUUGCUGUCAUAGUAGCUUAGGGGAACUGUUCGCGUGUGCGCAUGUUUGCGCGUGCUUGUUAAAGCUACGUUAUCACUGCAUCGGUCUGCCGUGGCAUUAUAGAACGAUGGCGUUUUCCUGCUCGCGCCACGUGGAUCAGCUGAAAGACGAGAAAUGAUUCACUUUCUCUGAAGUGCAUCGCUGAAUUUAUAUCAGAGCAUCGCUGCAUUUUUAUCUCUCACAAUGCUAUUACUCGUAGCUGUAGCUGUAUACUGACCGGUUAUUGAUGCAUUGCAGUUUAGUUCUGUUUGAAAACAACAUACUAAAUACACAACCAAGAUAGGACGAGUUAUAAACUCAUUUAUUGGACAGUAAAUUGUAUAAAUCAAAUUUGAUUGUAAGAGGAAUUUUCUUUCUGGAUUUAUUUCGUGUUAGGAGAAUGGUAUAGAAAUUAAAAAAUCACAUUGCUUAGCCAUGCUGUCUAUUUAUAUUUAUGAAGAUACUUCAAGAUUAAUGCAUUGAUAACAUGUUUUUAGUGCCAUUCCAGACAUGUUUUCGAGGUUUUGGUAUUAGACACUUAAUAAAUGUGCAUUUUGGUGCGUUAUUAAAAUUAAUAUUCCAUAUAUUUUUCUCAAAACCUGUGAAUAUUUUGUUUAUAAACGAUAAUUUAUGUAAACGUUGCGUUCAUGAGUUGUUAAUUGGACAGUCGUUGAGUUAUGGGCACAUUGAUUUAAUUAACCAGUUGUUUGCUAUGGACAAUAAUCGAUUAUGUAAAUUCCACAAACUUGUACUUUCUAGUUAAGAAGCCAGUUAACAGAACGUACUGUAAGAAUGAAUAAAACCUGCAAGUUUUGAUAAGACCUGAA